UAUAGAGAAGGCCACUGCACGCAUGAUGGCCAAAACUGCUUCUCAGAUGGGCGCAAACUUCAUUUUAGCACUUGGUGACAACUUCUACUAUAAGGGCGUCAGUGACGUCAAUGACCCUAGAUUCCAGGUCACAUUUGAAGACGUAUACACUCAGGAUUCUCUUAAUAUUCCAUGGUACGUCAUUGCUGGCAAUCACGACCAUGCAGGAAACGUCCUUGCUCAAAUUGAGUACAGCCAGAAGUCCAAGAGAUGGAACUUCCCCUACUAUUAUUAUGAGAUGAACUUCCGCGUUCCUCGAACGGAUAGCACUCUGACCAUCAUCAUGCUGGACACGGUGUUGCUGUGUGGAAACUCUGAUGACUUCCUUGACCAGCAGCCCCGAGCUCCCCGAAGUGGCAUUCAGGCCAACAGACAGCUGCUGUGGCUUCAGGAACGUUUAGCAAAGUCUAAGGCUGAUUAUCUCCUGGUGGCUGGCCAUUAUCCGGUAUGGUCCAUAUCAGAGCAUGGGCCAACCGACUGUCUGCUGAAGAAAUUGAGACCACUGCUUAAGAAGUACAAGGCUACUGCUUACCUGUGUGGCCAUGAUCACAAUCUACAAGUAGGUCAAAGAGUCUGGUAUCGGUUAUGUGGUUAGUGGAGCUGGUAACUUUAUGGAUCCUGAUGUGCGGCACCGAAACCAGGUUCCUCGAGGCUACCUCAAGUUCUUCAAUGGUGAUGCUGGCACCUUGGGUGGCUUUGCCCAUGUGGAGGU